AUGUCGUCCCCAGGCCCUACCCUUCGACAGACGGAAGUCGCGGACAUAACCCUCACGGUUGUGGCUGUCCUUGUCACAUCCUUCCGCUUGUGUAUCCGUGUGCAGCAGAAGCGUCUGGGAAUCGACGAUGUAUGGGCGGCCCUCUGCAUGAUAUUCGACUUUCUACUAUUAAUUUCCGAUUGCUUGUAUCUGCAAGACUCCGAAAGAUACCAUCAAAACACAAGGAUAGCAUUAUACUACAUGAUCAUACAAUUUUUUUAUGCAGUUGUAUGGUCAUCGAAGUUAUCCGUGUUGUUUACCAUUGUGCGACUCACAAUCCCGGGAAACUUCAGGAGAUUUCUUAUGUGCAUUGUCGGUACCUUCGGCGCUAUCUGGGCUCUCCUUUUUGCACAACUGUGGUGGGUUUGUGAAACUCAGCCCAGCUGGAAAACAAUACAACCACAUCCGCAGUGCGAUCUCGGCAAACGUGUUGCAAUAACGCAGAUCAUCACCGACGUUCUUGCGGACUUUUUCCUCAUCAUGGCUCCAUUUUUCCUCAUUUACAAAGUCAGAUUGUCAAAGACGCAAAAAGUCCGGAUAUUAGCCGUCUUUUCUACGUCAGCAAUUACCACGAUCGUCAGUCUUACCCAUGCAUAUUACAUCUUCUGUGGUGAAGGGCUUAAGGAGUUUAUGGCUGCUAUAGUUGAGGCUUCCCUGUCUCUAAUCGUCGCGAACUUGAGCGUGGUCGUCGCGUUCAUCUUCCGUAUAAGUUCAGACGAUGAUUCACCAUCCAAUCCGACACCCAUCAUAACUUUUGGCGGACAACAUAGGACACGCAUAGCUGCCACUCGCGUAGCUAUUGAAACUACCACGAUCGUGCUGGAGGAUCUCUCCGAGUCUCGUCUCCGUUCCUUGAAGACAAGCGACGACGACGACGACGACGUUACUUUACACAACAACAGGGAGCCAAAGCAGACAAGGGAAUGGUGUUAGAGCAGAAAAAAGUUGAUUUCUUUCCGACUCCCACGUUAGUGGGGCAGGGUCCUUGUGGAAUGGAUUCUUCUAAUUUUUCCCUGGCAAAUUGCAUUUUCUCGAUCGAUCACGGUCAUUUUUCCGUUCAUGUCUAAACCGUGCAAUCACACACCUUGUACCCCUCUAUUCCAAUCCGAGGACGAAAAUUUCAACACGGC